AUUUAAUUAAUGGAGGAAUCCAAGUUAAGAAUUGCCAUCAUCAAUAAAGACAGAUGUAAACCGUAGCGUUGUGCUUUGGAAUGCAAGAAGAAUUGCCCUAUUAAUAAGAGUGAGAAAUUGUGUAUAGAGGUUACAAAGUAAAGCAAAACAUGCACAAUAAAUGAAUCAUUAUGCAUUGGAUGUGCCAUUUGUGUAAAGAAAUGCCCAUUCAAAGCAAUCAUGAUUAUCAAUUUACCCAAAGAUUUAUCUAAAGAAUUGACUCAUUAAUACGGAGCUAACUCAUUCAAAUUGCAUAGAUUGCCAACACCUCGACCAGGAUAAGUUUUAGGAUUAGUUGGAACCAAUGGUAUUGGAAAGUCAACUGCAUUGUAAAUUCUAAGUGGAAAAGUGCAACCUAACUUGGGUUUAUAUAAAGAGCCACCUACAGCCGAAUAGAUCUUAAAGUAUUUUAGGGGUAGUGAAUUACAGAGCUAUUUGCAAAAAGUAUUUGAGGGUAAGGUCAAGGCUGUAAUUAAACCAUAAUAUGUGGAUUCUAUUGGUAAAGCAGUCAAAGGGAAAGUUGGAGAUGUCAUUAAGAAUAAGGAUAAAUUGAAUAGAGCAGAUUAAUUGUUAAAGGAUUUAGAAUUGAAUCAUUUAUUGGAUAGAGAAAUCAGUAUGUUGUCAGGAGGUGAAUUGUAAAGAUUUGCAAUUUUGAUGGCUUGUAUUUCAGAAAGUGAUUGUUUAAUGCUUGAUGAACCAACAUCUUAUUUAGAUAUCAAAUAAAGAGUGGUUGCAUCUAGAAUAAUUAGAAACCAAGUGAGAGAUAACAACUAUCUCAUUGUUGUUGAACAUGAUCUAUCCAUUUUAGAUUAUCUAUCAGACUUUAUUUGUUGUCUUUAUGGUGAAUAAACAGCUUAUGGUAUAGUGACAAUGCCUUUUUCAGUAAGAGAAGGUAUCAAUAUAUUCUUGGCUGGAUUUGUACCAACUGAAAAUAUGAGAUUCAGAGACUACGAAUUAAAUUUCAAGAUCUCAGAUAAUUUAGAUAUGUUGGAGAAUCAGAAACAAAAGAAAAACUAUCAAUAUCCUGACAUGAAGAAGGUGUAAGGAGAAUNUAACCAACUUAAUUGGUAACACAAUUGA